AUUUUUGACCGGCCGCGGCUGGAAAUGAUAAAUCUCUGUAUCCGCUAAAUAUAACAGAAAAAUGAAUUAAAAAAAAAAGGAAAAAAAAAAAAAAUCUGAGCCUAGAUAGAAGGAAUUCUGAAGCUGCACUUUUGCGAAUGAAAGAAGUUGAUCCUUUUGCGAGCGCUGCUUUGUCAAAAUUCUGAACCGAAGAAAGAAAACAUUUUGAAGCUCAAAAAAGCUCAUGCAAGCUCUCCUCCUUCUUUCCGCCAAAACAGAUGCUCUGUUUUCAUCCCCUUCACACCUCACCGCCACUUCUGACCUCCCAACUUCAUCAACCCCGAACUUUCCUAUCCAAAACCACCACUUUUCCACUUCAAUCGCCAAUUUUCUCAUGUUUUCCUCGUUUUCUCGAGGAAAACCUUUCUGGGUGUCGAAGAUGUUUUCUUGGUUCUUUGUGUAGUACGAGUUCAUCAUGUUUCUCUUCGCCCGACGACGACAUUGAUGUGGAACUGGGCCGACUUCUGGCACUGUUGCCUGAAGAAAUGAGGAAAAGAGUGAGCGAGCAUCCAGAGCUUCACCAAUUGAUUGAAGUGGUUAUGGACUUGGGUCGGAAGCCGUUGGCUCGGUUUCCCUCCGGUGACUUUGUUUUGUCGGAUUUCCCCAUCACGGUUCAGGACAUUGAACAUGCUACUUCUCAGGUUGGUGAUUUUGCCAUUGAUAACCGAGCAGGCAUCAGCAGGACAUUACACCGUAUUAGUGCCAUUAGGAAUCGGAAAGGUUCCAUUAUUGGUUUAACUUGUCGUGUUGGUCGGGUAAUAUCUGGUAGUGCUAAUUUGCUAAGAGAUUUGGUUCAGGAUGGGGCUUCUUUGUUGCUAAUUGGACCUCCAGGUGUUGGAAAAACCACGAUUAUCAGGGAAAUAGCUAGGAUGCUUGCAAAUGAUUACAAAAAACGUGUUAUGAUUGUUGACACUUCUAAUGAGAUUGGUGGUGAUGGUGAUAUACCUCAUGCUGGAAUUGGUAAUGCUCGCCGGAUGCAAGUUCCCAAUUCUGAUAUGCAACAUAAGGUACUGAUAGAAGCAGUCGAAAAUCAUAUGCCACAAGUGAUCGUAAUUGAUGAAAUUGGUACAAAACUUGAAGCUAUGGCUGCAAGCACGAUUGCCCAACGCGGUAUUCAGCUUGUUGCCACUGCUCACGGAGUGACAAUUGAGAAUUUGAUAAUGAAUCCUUCAUUAGAGAUGCUUGUUGGAGGAGUACAGAGUGUGACACUAGGUGAUGAAGAGGCAAGCAGAAGGGGUGUCCAGAAGACAGUGCUGGAAAGGAAAGGACCUGCAACAUUUAGUUGUGGGGUAGAAAUAGUUUCAAAAUCUGAGUUGCGAGUUCAUCUUAGCUUAGAAAAAACAGUUGAUGCUAUUCUCUCAGGUCGUUUCCCAAGUGUUGAAGUUCGUAAGAUAAACUCUCAAGAGUCAGAAGAAAUUGUACAAGGGGAACCUUUUAUUUGUAUAUCCUCCGACUUGAAAAAUGAAAUAAUGUUUGAAGAUUCUCCAGAGUUGAUUGAGAAUGGAACUUUACAUAAUGAAUAUAUUUCAGAGGUCUCACCAAAGAAGAGAGAAGAUUCUAGCGAAGAAAGGAUGCCUCUUCGCUUGUUUGUCUAUGGAAUUCUUGAGGCAAGUGUGAUACAAGGGAUCAGACAGUUGAAGAUGGAUGAUACUGCUGUUCAGCUCACUGAUAAUAUCAGCGAGGCAGAUGCAUUACUUGCAUUGCAGUCCAAGCUCAAGAAGAAUCCCGGGAUCCAAGCAGCUGCAAAAUCUCAUGAAACACCUAUUUAUGUGACUAAGACUAGCUCAUUGGUACAAAUAAGAAAGGCAAUUCGGGCGUUAAUGAGUGAUCAUGAAGAGGGUAAGGAUUUUGGACCAGCAGACAAGAUGAGAUCAUUGGAGAAGAUUGAUGCUUUAGAGGAAGCAAGAAUAGCAAUUGAACAGAUAGUAAUCCCAAAAGGAGAAUCUGUGGAGCUACUGCCAAGGCCAACCCAUAUUAUAUCCAUUCAGCUUGACCUUAUUCAGAAAUACCAACUGGAAGCAGAAAAAUUUUGUUCAGAAGCAGGCGAACGUCUACGUGUCCUUCCUUUUCAUUCUGCAGGAAUGACAAAAGACAGCAAAACUAGCCAAACAGUUGGAGUUGAUGGUGGUGUUGGUGAUCUUUUGGAUGCUAAUGGGGACACAAAUGGGUCACCUUACUGUGUGGACAGAUUACCAUUGCUGCCUGAGUAAUCAGCAUAUUUUAUGUAUACAGGGCAUUACUAACUUUUCAUUUUUGAAAUCCAUAUGGCAAAUCUAUUUCCAAUUACUGUCUGAAUAAUUCUUUAUUAGGAUAUCGUAGAUAAAAACAAUCACAGAGUUUUUAUUUCUUGAAAUUGAAUACAGAAACCUUGCUAGCUUAGAAUGUAUCUAUUCAUGUAAUGCAAUUAGACGUUGUAACAUGUUGUAUUAAAUUGUGUUCAUGUCAGUAUCA